AUGAGACGUGAUCCUACAUUGGAUAUUCAGCAUGCCUCUCACUGGGAUAAUUUACUUUUACAGGGAGGAAGAGGUGGGCACUAUGACCGGAAACAUUGUUUGAGGGUCUAUUCACUGGGAUAUCACAGUCUGUUGCAACAUAUUUUCGGUCAUGUUAUGGCUGCAAUUGGAGGAAACAGUGCUGGUCCAGGUGCCCCUAUUAAGGUGAGGAGACCUAGUGCUUACAACCCAUCCCGUGCUGCAACACUUGGUCCAAGCUAGCCCAAUCCAGUACUGAACCUGGCCGUUGUUGGGUUAAAGUCGCAGGAUCUGUACAUGGGCAUGAGGGGCC